CCGGGCCAGUCGGUGUAUCACAUCAAGUGGGUCCGCUGGAAGGAGGAGAACACGCCCGUCAUUACCCAGAACGAGAACGGGCCCUGUCCCUUGCUGGCCAUCAUGAACGUGCUGCUCCUGGCCUGGAAGAUUAAGCUGCCACCAAUGAUGGAAAUCAUAACGGCUGAACAGCUGAUGGAAUACUUAGGGGACUAUAUUCUUGAUGCAAAACCUAAAGAGAUAUCUGAAAUUCAGCGUCUGAAUUAUGAACAGAAUAUGAGUGAUGCAAUGGCGAUUCUACAUAAGUUACAGACAGGUCUGGAUGUCAAUGUGAAGUUUACAGGUGUACGAGUCUUUGAAUACACACCUGAAUGCAUAGUGUUUGAUCUUCUCGAUAUCCCCUUGUACCAUGGGUGGUUGGUGGAUCCUCAGGUUGCUGACAUAGUAAAAGCAGUUGGUAACUGCAGCUACAAUCAGCUAGUGGAGAAGAUAAUUUCAUGUAAACAGUCGGACAACAGUGAACUGGUUAGUGAAGGGUUUGUAGCUGAACAAUUUCUGAAUAACACAGCUACACAGCUGACGUACCAUGGACUGUGCGAGUUGACUUCAGCUGUCCAGGAGGGAGAGCUUUGUGUGUUCUUCAGGAACAACCAUUUUAGCACCAUGACCAAAUACAAGGGUCAGCUUUACCUGCUGGUGACAGACCAGGGCUUUCUUACGGAAGAGAAAGUUGUCUGGGAAAGCUUACACAAUGUGGAUGGUGACGGAAACUUCUGUGAUUCUGAAUUCCACCUGCGGCCUCCAUCAGAUCCUGAAACUGUCUACAGAGGGCAGCAGGAUCAAAUAGAUCAAGAUUAUCUGAUGGCAUUGUCUCUGCAACAAGAGCAGCAAAAUCAAGAGAUUAACUGGGAACAGAUCCCAGAAGGCAUCAGUGAUCUAGAGCUAGCAAAGAAGCUCCAGGAAGAGGAGGACAGGAGAGCUUCUCAGUACUAUCAAGAGCAAGAACAAGCAGCUGCUCAGGUCCAGCAGGUGCAAGGUGCUGCUUCUCCAGGAAGUGGAAGACAAUCUGGGAGUAAUGAACGCAAACGUAAAGAGCCUCGAGAGAAAGAGAGAGAAAAAGAGAAGAACAGCUGUGUUCUCUUGUAGUAGAAAAUGGAUUCAUUCCGGAGCCAAGUGCAUGUCCUCAGAAGCAAAAUCAAGGAGUAAAAAGGAAGACAAACCCGUUACAUGCCGCCUGUGCCUGAUUAUCCCAUGGAUUUUGUUCACGUUUCAAGAGAGGAUGGGUGACUUUGUUACAAUCAUACAGACUUUCUUCAAAGUCAGAGUGCGUGCUGCUCAAGAUGGAAUUCCAAAUCACAGUUCGAUGCAGCUGUGCUUUGAGUUAGGCGUAAGAAAUACUGCACCUUGUAGCUGAACACACAAAUCAUGGCAAGUUUUGUGUCACAGUGACAUCCAUUACUCGUUACAUCAGUCAGUAAGCUAUUUUACCCUCUCCUCUAAACGAAGGAGGUCAUUCGUUUUCUGUAAGACUUUCUCCUGAAGUCUGUACGCUAACACAACAGAGUUCUGUGUUACUUACAUGAUAUGAAACUAUAUCUCAGUCUGGGUAUAGUCUUCAUGACACAAGAGCCCGAAUAACAGCUGGGCACUGCCUCCUCAAUGUGUCCAGAUUUCUUUGCUUCUGGAUCUGGUAUGUUCGGUUUUUUGAACCCAGAUUUAUACUGUGUUACUGCUCUCAUUGCACCUCCUGGCCAGCUUUCUUGCCCCGAGAAUACGUGACUUGAUAGGCAUCAUACAAAACUUUGUCAUAGAAAAUGGGGCACUUAUUAGUAAGCGAGACGAAUAUUGUUUGCUUUUCUUGCAAUUACAAACUGGGUAUGGCAACUCAGACGUUAUCAGGGUUAAACAAGUAAUUUUAUAGGUAACUUUUUCUUUUAGUAUUUUUUCUCUUUUAGGUAAACUGGACCAGAUAAGUUCUUAUUUAUUGACCUCUCCAUAUGAUAGGUGAAUGAUGAGAGGAAACUAAGGUCUAUAAUAAUCAUUACGCUAUGUAAGAAUGCAGAGUUAAAAUAACUAUCUGCCUUUUUUCCAGAAGUACCUUGAACUUUAACACGACGUUAACGUGUCCACUUGUAUGUUUGAACAAGUGUACUGUAGUUAAAAACACACUUCUUUGUUCCUUUUAUAAAUCAUAUAUCCUUAAAAAGCACACUUCUGAAGGGUGAGAGAGAAGCGAGGCUGCUCUCUGGGAUUGUUUGGAAAGGCGGUCAGGUGUAAUAUUUUGUUUUUUAAAUCACUAAUUUAGAAUAUUUGGAAAGCAGAUUUUUCUAAUUUAUGGGAACCAAAUAAACACGUUACAUCUUGUAGUAUUUAUAGAAUACAGAACCAGAACACUUGCUGAACUUUGAGGGAACCACCGAUCUUCCUCCACUUCUGCUAGGUCAAUAACAGUUCCCUUCUUGCUGAACCUUUUUGAUAAGACAUUUCUAUAGCAAUUUGUAGAUACUUUUGAAAAAGGCUGCUCUUCCUGGACAAGUUAUGUGUUCAUGCUCUAAGCCUGA